UUGUCCAGAAAAGCUGAAAGACUCACGCAGCCCAGCCAGGAGCCGCCAGAUUGUCGUAGAAAUUAGACAACACUCGCAGACCUCUGAAGUCCUCUGAAGCUAGCUACAAAUCUUUUUAGCUGGCAUGGAAAUCGAUGAAGCAACUUUUGUCACCUUGAUCAACCCCAACCAGUUCCCUGCCAAGUUGUGGCGUUUGGUGAACGAUCCACAGAUUCGCUCAAUCUGGUGGGACGCCAGUGGGGAAGGAAUACUUGUCCAUCAGCAAGCCUUCGAAGCUGAAGUGCUAUUGUCCCAACCCAGGCAUUUGUCUGAGUACUUCAGAACGACAGAUUUCGUCAGUUUCAUUCGCCAGCUGAACCUCUACGGUUUCAGAAAAGAACGGAUAGACCGUGACGUCUCAGACAAGCAACCCGACAUCUCAUCCAUUAAGGCCCAGCUGCACCACUUUCACAACCCGUUCUUCAAACGGGAUAAGCCUGAGCUUCUAGUCAAACUAAAGCGACUCACGCCUCUCAACAAGGCCAAGCUCACCGGGAGAGAGGUGACCAGCAGGAAAUCAAAACAUUUCCAUCAUAUGAUGCUGAAUUCGCCACAGGAAACCUCUGGCUUAAUGAAAACAGGUUCAGUCUUGCUUGGACAUCAGGGAACCCCUUACCACCUUCCCUGUAAUGGCCCUCAGCAGGAGAAGGACUGCGACAGAACGUCCAAAUCCUCCCAAGCAUUUGUAGUGGGCCAUGGUGAUCCUUCUCCAGUUACAUUAAACACUAACGACGCUGUGCCUGUCCCUGUGUCUCACCACUUCCCAGUGGACUCGUCGAGUGCACAUCCCUCCAGCGUCAUGCACAUGCAGCAGGGCGUCAAACCUCAUCACUCACAGCACGGGUUUCACACACCAGUGUAUCAGCGCUGUAGCCCAGACGUCUUGGAUUCAAAAGUGCCAUGCUUUCAACAACCAGCUGCUUCCUACUCUCCUUGUGGCUAUUACCCUGACCACUCAGUGAGAUACGCUCAUCCGAUUGAUCAGGAUCCAUACUGGAAAGCAGGUGAUGUUCCAGAGUCCAGGACGAGUGACAUGAAAGACAAAGAGAAAGUGGACCUGGACACUAUAUUCAAACUGGCGGAUGAAAUACAGGCUGAAGUUGAAGUUGCCGCAGGGACCAGUUACCUGAUAAGACAGCUUGACUAGGGAGCACAUUUUAUUUCGAGUGUAAUGACUGGAAAUGUUGCCUUUAAUCCUUUUCCUGACAAUGAUUCACAUGACAGCAACAUGAGUUGAUUAUUAUCACUUUCCAGGUAUAUUCCUUUGAUACGAUAUAACAGAAAAUAGGUAGCAAAUGAUCCUUAAUGAUCAGUAAAUUUCAGAGGUCUAAACUCCCUGAAAGAUUACGAGGUAUUUUUGAUGAACGUUUUGAACUUCUCUAGAGCGGUGUAGCUUGCUGUGAUUUGCUGUUCUGUACAACACAUACACAAAAAAGUAUGACAUGUUUGAAAUUUGUGUGUAGUAUGGCUGUCUGAGGCGUUUAUUAUUCCGUGGUUACGGAGACACAUUUAAGCCAGAUCUAUUGUAAAUCCUAUAGUCCGAACAAUUCUGGAUCCUUUGGAAUAUCGUGCAUUCUUGCAUUGGCACCAGGACACGCUUCCGCUGUGUUUUGGUUCUGAAUGAGAGGAUGUAUAAAUCUAGUGUUUAUAAGAGUAUCUUAAAACUAUGUGAGGCAUGAGGAUGUUUAACAUUCCAUAUUUCUCCUACUGUAUUUGAGUGUCUUUGGGGAUUUUUAAUAUUUUUUUUCUCCAACCCCCCGGUGUUUUUGUUUACUGAAGUAAGAUGCAAAGGUUACAUUUAUUUCAAAGCAUUCCAGUAAUUUAUCUUGAUGCCAGCUCUUGGAGCUCUCUGGAGGUAAAGAAGGACCUAUUAUUAGCAGCUUGGCCGCGUUCACGUGCCUUGAUAAUACGGGAUGUCCACAUCUGUGCCCAUAUCAAUUUACCUCAUUUACCUCAGUUUACCUCAUCAAAGCUUUUAUUAUUUUGUUUUUUGCACUCUUUCAGACCCCUCUAUUUAUUGUUGUAUAAAUAAGAGGUUUUUUUGAAUGCAAGGAGGAAGUGAAAUAGACAAAAAUGUUAUAAAUAAAAUGGUUUGUUCAGUUCAGUGGUGUUGUUAUCAU